UGUUUGCAGCAAGGUGCCUGUCGAUACUCUGUGACGGGAAGAGUCGGAUAUUGCUCAGGUUUCCGGAUUCUUCCGCGUUACAAUGAGGCAGCGCUGCAGUAUGCCCUUGCUAACAUUGGACCUGUGUCCGUCGGUGUCAACGCCAAACUUGCUUCCUUCCACAGGUACAGAAGCGGAAUCUACAGCGAUCCGAAGUGCAGCUCUGGACUGAUCAAUCAUGCGGUUCUAGUUGUGGGUUACGGCUCAGAAAAUGGACAAGAUUACUGGCUGGUGAAAAACAGCUGGGGAACGGCGUGGGGUGAAAACGGCUUCAUCCGCAUGGCACGAAAUAAAAACAUGUGUGGAAUAUCCAGCUUUUCCAUUUACCCCACCAUCUCAUCCGACCGCAUCUGAGCUUCCUGUCUGAGACACUGGAGCGGAAUAUAUCUUAUUUAAUACAUAUUGAUUUUCUGAAAGUCUUUAGUUUCUGUAACAGCCCUGAAAAACCAAACUCAUGACAAAAGCAAAGAACAUUAGUGGAAGUAAAUUGGAAAUAAAGUUGA